AUGUCAAAAGCAGAGGAAUAUGUAAGUGACAGAAAUAAUAUUUUGAAGAAGGAAGAAAAUAUGUUUUUGGGGUCUUCUCUAAUCCUGAAUGAAAGAGAAAGGGUAUUGGAUAAUCAUAUUCUCAAUCUCAGAAGCGACGAUCCAACAUUAUCGUACCAGAACAGUCACGAUUUUAUUCCAAAAAAACACUUUUUCGAGUGUAGGAUGAAUAUGGUCGACACGGAAAUCUUCAACAUUCUGAGGAGAUUACCCAAGGGUCAUUCAUUACAUACUCAUUUACUAGCAGCGGCCUCCAUUGAUUUUAUUAUAGCAAAUAUAACGUACAGGGAUAACGUAUAUGGAAAACUCAUAAAUGAUCAAUUCAAAUUGAGAUUUCUCAAACCAGAUGAAGCAACAAAAGACGGCUGGUUUUCACUGGAAGAGAAGAGAAAAAAUGACACGAAUUUCGACAGUUGGUUGAAGCAACAAUUGAGUUUAAUUGUUCAAUGCCCACGUGAAUCCUACCCCUCGUUGGAAUCAGUUUGGGAAAAGUUUGAGGGAAAAUUUUCAGCUAUUUAUCACCUGAUUUCUUAUAAACCAGCUUUCGAAGAUUAUUAUUACCAGUGUCUCAAAGAACUUUACGAGGACAACAUAAUGUAUGGAGAAUUCAGAGCAACACCACUGCCAUUUUAUGACUUGGAUGGAGGUGUCUACAAAGCGGAAGACUUUUUCCAUACUAUUUUAGAAGUGGAGGAAAAAUUCAAAGAGGACCACUAUGAUUUCAUAGGAGUUCGUUAUAUACAUUCAUUUAAUAGAGGUAUAUCUCUUGAAGAUCUGAGGAAAGAGUUGGAAGAUCUUCUGACGAUGAAAGAGAAAUUUCCGAAGCUCAUUGUUGGACUAGAUUUUGAAGGCUUUGAAGAACAUGGUCAUACUCUGCUGGAUUUCCACGAAGAGUUGAUCAAUGUUAGAGAGAAACUUGAUUUUUUCUUCCAUGCAGGUGAAACUAACUGGUUUGGUCACACGGACUGUAACCUAGUUGACGCUGUUUUGAUGAAAUCGAAGAGAAUAGGGCAUGGUUUCGCUCUCUCUAGGCAUCCUCAGCUUAUGAACUUAGUGUUCGAAAAUAAUAUUGCUAUUGAACAUUGCCCGAUUUCCAAUCAAGUUCUCCUGUUGAACGAUGAUCCAAGGAACCAUCCUAUAAUUCCUUUACUCUCAAAAGGAUUUCCAGUGGUUAUUUGUAAUGAUGAUCCUGCAGUUUGGGGGGCAACUGGACUUAGUUAUGAUUGGUAUGUGACGUUUCUUGCCAUGACUCCUAAAAAGUGCGGGUUGAAAGUUUUGAAACAAUUCGCUUUGAACUCGAUCCGGUUUAGUGCACUCGAUAAGGACGAUAAGGUCAAGGCGAUGGAUGUGUGGUCUAGACGUUGGGUUAAAUUCAUCUCUGAAAUGAUCGAGGAAAUUUGACCCUAGAUUUAUGGGAAAGACUUUUGUUUUCUACUCUUUCACCAGUAAUGUU